AUGGGUCUCUGUUACAGCCGGAACAUCUCCUCCGUCAAAGACGACGAGAUCCCCGUCGAACAACCGUCGCAAACCCCCCGGCGCGCUUCGAUCCCUCAGUCUCCCAUCCCCUCCGAAGUCAACUCCUACGCCAACAGCCCGUUCCAGAGCCCCUUACCGGCGGGUGUAGCUCCGUCGCCGGCGAGAACUCCGGGAAGAAAGUUCAAAUGGCCGUUUCCGCCGCCGUCCCCCGCGAAGCCGAUCAUGGCGGCUCUGAGACGGCGAAGAGGCGCGCCGCCGCGGCCCAGAGACGAGCCGAUCCCGGAGGACAGCGAGGACGUUGACAGCGUCGGAGGGGAGAGGCUGGACAAGAACUUCGGGUUCGGGAAGAACGUGGAAGGGAAGUACGAGUUGGGGAAGGAGGUGGGGCGAGGGCAUUUUGGUCAUACUUGCUGGGCUAAGGCCAAGAAAGGGAAGAUGAAGGGGCAGACGGUGGCUGUCAAGAUCAUCUCUAAAGCUAAGAUGACAUCGGCUUUGUCCAUUGAAGAUGUUCGUAGAGAAGUGAAGUUGCUGAAAGCUUUAUCUGGGCAUAAGCAUAUGGUUAAGUUCUAUGAUGUGUAUGAGGACAAUGAUAACGUCUAUGUAGUUAUGGAGUUGUGUGAAGGAGGAGAGUUAUUGGACAGAAUCUUGGCGAGAGGUGGUAGAUACCCUGAAGUCGACGCCAAACGUAUUCUUGUACAGAUUCUAUCCGCAACAGCAUUUUUUCAUCUCCAAGGUGUUGUGCACCGUGACCUGAAGCCAGAGAACUUUCUCUUCACCAGCAGAAACGAGGAUGCAGUACUCAAGGUCAUAGACUUUGGCUUGUCUGAUUUCAUUAGAUACGAUCAACGGCUCAAUGAUGUGGUGGGAAGCGCAUACUACGUUGCACCAGAAGUACUCCACAGGUCUUACAGCACUGAAGCAGAUAUGUGGAGCAUUGGUGUCAUAAGUUACAUACUACUAUGCGGAAGCAGACCUUUCUACGGAAGAACUGAAUCUGCAAUAUUCCGUUGUGUGCUUAGAGCAAACCCUAAUUUCGAGGAUAUGCCUUGGCCUUCUAUAUCUCCUACUGGUAAAGACUUUGUGAAAAGGCUUCUGAACAAGGACCAUAGGAAACGAAUGACUGCUGCUCAAGCUCUAGCUCAUCCGUGGUUACGUGAUGAAAACCCUGGUUUGCUUCUUGAUUUCUCGGUUUACAAGUUGGUCAGGUCUUAUAUUCGUGCCUCGCCUUUCAGAAGAUCAGCACUUAAGGCUCUCGCCAAAGCUAUACCUGAUGAGGAGCUUGUGUUCCUUAAGGCGCAGUUCAUGCUCUUAGACCCUAAAGAUGGAGGGCUAUCUCUUAACAACUUCACAACGGCUUUAACAAGAUAUGCUACUGAUGCUAUGAUGGAAUCAAAGCUUCCUGACAUUUUAAACACAAUGCAACCACUGGCACAAAAGAAACUCGAGUUUGAAGAGUUCUGUGCGGCUGGGGUCAGCGUUUACCAACUGGAAGCUCUUGAAGAAUGGGAACAGAUUGCAACUUCUGCAUUUGAGCACUUUGAACAAGAAGGAAACCGAGUCAUAUCCGUCCAAGAACUCGCUGGGGAGAUGAGCGUGGGACCAAAUGCAUAUCCUCUGCUCAAGGAUUGGAUCCGGAGUUCAGAUGGGAAGCUGAGUUUCUUGGGGUACGCUAAGUUCUUGCAUGGUGUGACUGUACGAAGCUCGAGCUCAAGACCUAGGUGACACAUUGUCAUGACAUGAGUCUUCUAACGUGUGAGUCAAGUCUUAAGACCUUUGGUUUAAAGAUACAACAUAUAGUGGAAGGCAGGUGCUUCCUUUGUAAAUUAUUCUUUUGAGCAUAUUGAUUUUAGAGGAACUAAACCCAAAAAUGGGAAAAAAAAUUAUGUAUUAUAGAAGAAAUUUAAGAGGUGUUGUUCUUGUAUUUGUUUUCGGAUUUUAGUUUGGUUUAGCAUCAUUGAUUGUAUAUGCUAUACUCGUUGGAGUUGUUAACAAUUGUCUUUAGAAGCAA